UUGGUGGAGGAGGAGGCGAAAAAUAGGAAGAGGCUCUGGAGGAGAUUGGGAGCCGUGCACAGUCUGUGGGGCAGCAAAACCGCUGGCAUCGUCCGGGGCCGGGACCUCGUGGAGGGCAUAGGAACCAAGGGAAGGAGGGAAAGCAACGAGGAAACAAACCGUCGGAUAAGUAUAGCCCGGCAAGAAGAUUAAAGAGAGAGCGCUCCUGCAGAUCUGCAUGGACUCUUAAAAGAAAUUGAUCGUGGGGGGAUUUUUGAGGAGACUGCAAGGAUGAUACAAAGGCCAGUACAGUAACUACUGUAGUGGAAGGAGAAAAAAAUUACAACCCUUGUCCGGCCUCUGAUCGAGGAUGUAAAGUUUAGAACUGUACAGCUGAGGGGGAACUUCAAUCCUAUUCUUUCCAAGACCGGGGACUAGUUUGUAUCUGUAAUCAACAUCUCCAUGCCUUCUCUGGUAAUGGUUCCAUAGAACCAAGCAACGCAACUUUCUGAGUUCCCUAGCCCGAUCCUCCCUCCGCCAACAGGGACUUGGAUCCCACAGCAACUUCCUUUUCUUGGGCUCUUGGAAAAUGGUUCAGCUGAACUUGGCUAUGCAGCAGUUGAAUCAGGCUAUGAUACUUCCAUUAAUGGAGCCAUAAUCUGGCUAAAUAGGCAAGAGAGAAAAGGAAGGAAAAGAGGAGCAAAAGAGAAGAGUGGAAAUCCUCUGGCUUUCUGACUUGGGUUGUGUAUCAUGAGUGGUGGAAGGUUUGACUUCGAUGAUGGAGGAGCCUACUGUGGGGGCUGGGAAGGUGGCAAAGCCCACGGGCAUGGCAUCUGUACUGGCCCCAAAGGUCAGGGCGAAUACUCUGGCUCUUGGAACUAUGGUUUUGAAGUGGUAGGGGUAUACACAUGGCCCAGUGGGAAUACCUAUGAGGGCUACUGGUCUCAAGGAAAGCGACAUGGCUUAGGGAUUGAAACCAAAGGACGAUGGCUUUACAAAGGUGAAUGGACCCAUGGUUUCAAAGGAAGAUACGGUAUAAGGCAAAAUAUCAGCAACGGAGCAAAGUAUGAAGGUACCUGGAAUAACGGGCUGCAAGAUGGAUAUGGUACAGAGACCUAUGCUGAUGGAGGUACCUAUCAGGGCCAGUUCACCAAUGGCAUGCGCCACGGUUAUGGAGUUCGUCAAAGUGUCCCAUAUGGCAUUGCAGCUGUGGUCCGCAACCCUCUAAGAACCUCCCUUACAUCCCUACGGAGUGAGCAUAGCAAUGGCACACUGCUACAACAUGAUUUGCCAUCAGCAAACCAGGAACAUGUUCUUAUAUCACCUACCAUAACUCGGGGUGGCUUUGCUCUCAGCUUGUAUGCAGAUGGAGACACUGGCAAAUUAAAGAAGGGUGGACUCUUCAGGAGGAGCUCCUUGUUUGGGAAACUCAAGAAAUCUGACUCCAAGACCUCUUUGUCCAGCCAAAGGAGUCGACUCAGUUUCCUUAAGAGUGAGAGUGGUAUGAGCUCUACAGGUAGUGAUGCUACCUCCACCGCCAGUCUGGGAGAAGGAGUAGAAGGAGAGGACUUCCCACCUUUUGAUGCUGAUAUUGAUGCCACCACCACAGAAUCCUAUAUGGGAGAGUGGAAGAAUGACAAGCGUUCAGGGUUUGGCAUAAGUGAGAGAUCAAGUGGCCUGAAGUAUGAGGGGGAGUGGCUGGAUAACGUGCGGCAUGGAUAUGGUUGUACCACGUUGCCUGAUGGGAAGAAGGAAGAAGGAAAAUACCGCAUGAACGUAUUGAUCAAAGGCAUGAAGAAACGGGUGAUACCUCUAAAAAGUGCAAAGAUAAGGCAGAAAGUGGACCGGAGCAUAGAAGGUGCUCAGAGAGCAGCAGCCAUCUCCAGACAGAAAUCUGAGAUUGCAGCUUCUAGGACUGCCCACGCCAAAGCCAAGUCAGAAGGUGCAGAGCAAGCAGCAAUAGCAGCUAACAAUGAAUCCAUGUUAGCCAGGUCGAUGGCCAGAGAAUUGUCUCCAGACUUCUAUCAGCCAGGCCCUGAAUAUCUGAAGAGGAGGCUACUCCAGGAACUCAUGGAAAACGAGGAGAAUGUAGAGCAUAUACAAGAAACACCCCCUAUUGAAGAGACAUCUCCAGCAACACCUCCAGAAAGUCCUCAAGAUGAUGAGCAGGAGUUUAUGAAACCUAAGGAGAGUCCAGCUCCGACUCCAUCACCAUCUGGCACCCCACCUGAGUCCAAGCGUGCUAAGCAGGGUUCUCGGAAAGAUGGUUUUCUCAGCCCUGGGAACUGGAAUGGAGAUCAUACUAAGAAUGGGAAUUAUAUAGGAAGUAGACCCAACACAUCUUCUAGUGCUCUACUGGCAACAGUGGAGAAGUCAGGAAGUAACAGUAGACCUGCUUCUCAGAGCCCCAGCCAUCCUAGCCAUAUGAAGAUUGCUACAGAUAGGAUGGAGAUCAAGCCUCUUGAAAGGAUAAAGAAGGAAGGUGAAGUUAAAUUAUUUGAGGGAUAUCACAGUUAUGCGGUGCGGACCUCUCCAGUUACUCCCCCAGUGGAUAAUGAAGAAGAGCCAUUCUCGGACUCCACAUUUCCUGCCAAGUCAAGGUCCCCAGAGCCAGAAGCUGAUGUGAAAGCAGUGGAUCACAAAUUAGAGCUAGAAAAGAGGGAAAGUACACCUGUCACCCAACAUGAACCAGGUCACAAAGAGAAAAAAAUAAUCAAGACAGAAUCUAAGCUUGAGCCGAAGCAACAUCCACCUGAGCCUAAAGUGGAAGAGAAAGUAGAAGCCGUGAAUGAAACCAAGCCUGAAACCAAGAUGGUAGCUAAAACUGAGCCCAAGACUGUGAUGAAAAAAGUUUCUCCACCAGAAACAGCCACAAAAGAGGUGGUAGAAAAAGAAGAGGGACCUAACACAAUAAUCAUCUGCAUGGUCAUUUUAUUGAACAUUGGCCUGUCUAUCUUAUUUGUACAUUUUCUGACAUGAUGAGAUAUCAUAACAAGAACUUUAUGCUGGUCCAAACAACCAUCCUAAUUAGAAAUAACAUCAGCCAUUCAGAGCUAUGUUAAAAGGAAGACGCAUAGAAGCACCCAGUGAGUGUACUGUGGUCAUGAACAAUUACACCAUGCUUCUGGCAAACUCUUUUGCUCCAACCAUAGCAGGAAGAGAUCUCAAAUUUUACAACUUCUUUUGUUCUUCCUUUUUUCCCCUUUUUUUUCUGUGUUGCUUUGAAGAUAAUUUUGAUGAACUCCACUGUCACUUGUUGAAGAAACAAGGAUUCAUCUUAAUUGUGGAAUGGAAACACAAACUAAAAAGUCUUUUCUUUGAAUUUCACUGUGAAAACAUCAGACUUAAUGGUACAAAUCUUCCAAUCCCCAUACUAAAUUGUGCUGCAGCUCUGAAUCAUGAUUAACUCCAAGAAUAUGCUGAAGGUGGCUGGGGGUAGGAGGCAUUCAUGCAUGCCCCUUGUUGUAUUUUGAGCAAUUAUCCAAGUCCCUGAAAAAAAACACACAGUUUUCUAAAAUCAUUAAUAUGGCCUUAGUCAAAAAAGGUAGAGUCAAUAGGAAAGGUUUAGAAACUAGGGCCUAAAAUUUCUUCCUGUCUUGUAAAGGACUUCCCUCCCUCCCCAAUCCUAGAUUCUGCAUUCUAGAAGCUCUAGUUUUGUGUUCUUUUUUUUCUUUUAGCUCUAUUAGGAGAGCCAAAGUGUUUGGGCAUUCAAUUUUUCCCUUUCCCCCACUGUCCAAUUUGAUGCUUCUCUCCACUAGCAAAGCAACACAUUCAUUUCUUCUCAAACUUUUUCAACCUCAAAUUGAGUUUAGGAUUUGGAUAUGAAGAACUUUUCAUCCACUUUCGUAGCUAAUAUAGAAGUGGAGCAAUGAAGAACUGGUUCAGUUGGAUCUAUUUAGAUAUCUAAAUGUUUAGCAGGCUACAUGCGGGCUUUUGCAGCGGCUUUUAUCUCUUUGGUGUGUUGUUCCCCAUACUUCUUUAUUCAUUGAUUACACAGCUUUGCUUUAAUUUGGCUAGCUGGCAGUGGUGGGAGAGGGCCAGGAUGGUAGCUCGUUCUUUGCUUCUAAAAGUUUCCAUUUAGAUGUCCUCCUUCCUUACCACUUGUCCUGGGCCAGUAGCAGUUGAGAGACUCCAAGGAACUGCUACAGUAUGCCAACUUGUCUAUAUUGUGUAUAAGCCUAAGUGGUUGUUUUUGUCAAUCAUACUUGGAGCUACUUUCUUUGGAGACUAGCCCUAUUUAAUAUUAUCUCAAAGCAAAAGCUUGAAAGAAGUUCGCCAAAGAAUUUGGAGGCUUUAAAGAAAAGAAGAUUCUCCCAAUCACAAGUGUCACAAAGCUUCCAGGAUAAACUGCACACAUCAUAGAGCUAGCAGCACCAAUGGAGCAACAGCCAGCAAAGCCAAGGAUCCAGAAGGGAGCAAAAGUGAAAUAUGGGCAAGCAAUCUUCUUGACAACCAAUUGGCAGCAUGUACCUAAUCUGGGCAUAGAGUUUCCCCAUACAAACCAAAUUGAAUACGGCGUUAGGAAAAAUUGGUGGUUUCACCUGCUCUUAAUUCUAUAUAAUUCUAAAACGAGUGAAGCUUUUUUCCCUGAAUAGCAGAUCUCAUUCUCAGACAUAAGUAAAGUCACAAUUAAAAAGAAAAAAACAAAAUAAAUCCUAUCUUUUUAUGAAUUUCAGUGCAAGGAUGCUGAAACCUGGUCUUACUGUAAGCAAUUCUUUUUGCGAUGCUGAUGAGCAACAAUUAAACACCAAUGAAAUUUUUUUAGCUUACUAACUAUAGGCUGCAUUUUAAUGCGGCUUGCUAUAAAUGUUGGUAAAUGAAAUCUGUGCUCAUUUAAUAACUAUACAGUGCCUUGAGUAUUUUUGUUGCUAGCUUUGUUUAUCCCCUUCCCUCCUUAAAAUCAGACCUGUGGCAAGAUCCAUUUUACCCUCCGUCCUUUUCUGUUUAUUCAGAUGCACACAUGACUUGUCAUUGAAAUUUCAGUAUGUGAAUUUGUCUUUAAAGUGUGUGGAUGUUCCCUUUCCCAACUUUCCUUGAGGGGGAGAGAACGAGGAUUUUUGUUUCCAAAAAGAUUUUUAAAAAGUGCCUUCUUUAAAACUGACAAUGAUUUGUUUUAUAUAUAUAGUGACAGUCCUUGGAAUUGCAGCUGUGGGUUAAAUGUGCGCAAGUAAAAUAGAUAAGAAAAUUAAUGCGUUACUGUAUAAGAGACUGUAAUUGUAGGUGCCAAAAAAUGACAGGAUUUUAAGUGCAGCAGGUAAUCCAUGUUUUCAAAACAGAUGACUUACAAUUCAUGAAUUGCUGAAAAUGAAUUUGGAAGACAGGAAUGCUGUUCCCGAUAGCUUGUUUAAUAACUAUUCUGCUUUGAAGGAGGAGAAAAACAAGAUUUCUAAAAAUGAAUGAGGUAUGGCAACACUGCUUAGAAAAUUGUAGAAGAUUAUUUUGUCCUUCAAACAUGAAAUAAUAGCAAUAUAGGCAGUUUUGGGGCGUUUAUUGUUAUGUUUCCUUUUCAUCUAAAUAUAUUCCCUUAAAUAUAACCAGGCUGUUAUUUGCUUUUGAAACCUGACAGCCUCUUUACUGGCUUUCUAGGUGUACAGUUUAGUAUGCCAGCAGCUUUACAACAGGGAACGUGAUUUUCUUUGAGAAAUGUCAAUGUCCUUUAUUUAUCAUGAAGCACAAAAUUGAGCCUUUUUGAAAAAUGUUAGGGUUAUUUCCAUCCACCUCUGAAUUCUCUUUUGCAGAAAUACUGUGUGGUUAUUUUCUUUGUUAUGUUUUGUUCUCUGCAAGGUAAUGAUAAGGAUAAAAUAAAUACAUUUGGUGUCUGUGGGAUAUAUGGGGCAAGAUCCACAGACUUAUCUGUCCAGAGGCUGUUUUUUUUUAAAUUAUUUUACUUUAGACAGCUGGAUCUCCAUGCCAAAUUGCAAAACUGAUUUUGAAAUUUAUCCUUUUCAAAUGUAAUAUGGAUGAUGACUAUAGCACAUAAUGCUCUCACUUGGAGCACAAAACAUUUUUGACUGUCCUUGCCAUGUAUGUUUUAUAUAUAUCUGUAAAGAGAAGGAGCUUCUUGGUGCUUGUGCAUACAUUGGUAUCCCCUGAUUCACUAGCAACUGCUUUGUUUACAUUAAAAGCACAAGCCUUCACCAAAGAAAUAAAUGUAAGUAAUUUAAUAGAGAGGAAAUGAAUCACAUAUGCCUUUUGGCUCUCAAAUAAUGCCAGUUCUUCCUACAGUUCUGAGAACCCUGACUUUUAAGAUUGUUCAAAGGAUCUUCUUUAUUCCUUGUUCCAAAUAUCACCUUGAACAAGAUGACACAAAAAAUCCAGAGCCUCAUAUGGAAGUCCCUGCAGGUGUGAGUUUUUCUAUUUGUGCACAAUAGACCUUUUUAAGAUGAAUGGAAAGGUCCUACAGGAAAGAGAUCUGCCUCGUACUUCUUGCCUCUCCCAAAGAACUUCUGGAUUGGGACUAAUAUGUGCACAAGCCCUGUGGAGUUUGCUUCCUCAGGUGAGCAGGAGUGGGUUUACCUCAAUUUGCAUGCCUUCAAACAUAGUUUGAUAUUCUUCAAAAGUUCAGGGCUUUCAAGAUGACAGAUGUAUCAUCACGAGAAACAUACCUUUUGAAAUCACAUGUUUUAAAAAAAUUUUAAAAUAUGACAAUUUGUGCAAUGCUAUCCAGGACCUUUUAUUUGCUGUUAUUCUGGAUUAUGUGCAAUAAUAAAAGGUUCUUUUGUUC